ACAAUGGGUCAGCGCCUGAGCGAGGAGAGCGACCCAGACAAGGAAAUCGAUGUGGCGGAGCUGCAGGAAUGGUACAAAAAAUUUGUUGUGGAGUGCCCGAGCGGAACUCUCUUCAUGCACGAGUUCAAGGGGUUCUUUGGCGUUGCCGAUAACAAGGAGGCCGCGGAUUACAUCGAAAACAUGUUUCGAGCCUUUGACAAGAACGGGGACAACACCAUUGAUUUCCUGGAGUACGUGGCAGCCUUGAACUUAGUCCUGAGGGGUAAACUGGAGCAUAAGCUGAAAUGGACAUUCAAAAUGUAUGAUAAGGACGGAAGCGGAUGCAUUGACAAAACAGAGCUUCUUGAAAUCGUGGAGUCUAUUUAUCGGCUGAAGAAAGCCUGCCACGGAGACCUGGAUGAAGAAUGCCACCUGCUGACCCCGGACCAAGUGGUUGACCGUAUAUUUGAGCUGGUUGAUGAAAAUGGAGACGGGGAGCUCUCGUUGGACGAGUUCAUUGAUGGAGCACGGAGGGACAAGUGGGUGAUGAAGAUGCUGCAGAUGGACGUCAACCCCGGGGACUGGAUGAACGAGCAGAGUCGCAGCUCGGACUUCUGAUGAGUGGACUGUCGAAGUAUCACGCAUCAUUCAUGCGUGACCAAUCCCGUGGAUAUUUUUCUACGUAUUACAAGCUGUGGAUAAAAGACGUCACAACAGUCCUCCUGGCAUUGUUCUGAAAGCAGUCGUUUAGGAAUUAGAACGUUUUUCGUGUUGCUUUGCUUGUAAAAGGGGCGACAAUUAGUUUCCAAUAAUGUUUAAGGUCAGCACUUGUGCAAAAGUAGUUUGGACCAUUUACUGAAAACUAUGGUUUUGUUGGUCUGUUAAUAUUUAUGUUUUUCUGGAAUGCCGCAGAAGUGUUUUUUCUCACUUUGAAUGAUUAGAACUCAUUUUUCAUUUUCCGCAUUCCCUCUUUGUUGCAUUGACACUUGAAUCUUCCGCAGUCAUUUCUACAUCAGCAUUCCACCAACGUCUCAUAACAAUAGUAAAAAGCAUUACGGGUAUAGUGCAGAUGUUAUAUGUAAUUUAAAGCAACAAUGUUUUUCAAAUAAAGAAAAUGCAUCCAAA